GAUUACUAUUUAAUGAUAGUUAUAAUGCCUAAUCUGUUUUUGAGACGAAUAACAAUAAAUCUCGUUGAUUUAAACGUCGAUAACUAUCUUUAACAAUGCAUAAGUAGUGACAAACAACUACAGUGUAGAAAAUGAUGGCAGCUAUUUAAAAUAUGAGGGUUUUGAUGAAGAGGAAAAUAGGUGAUUUAUGCCCAUUUGCACCAACGUUUAAGUCAGGUACUUAAAAUUUAAGCUUUUCUUAAAACUAAGAAUGCGUUGCACCAACGGUUAACUCUCUCUUAAAGCCUUCUAAGAAAUCCUUAAUUUAAGUGCCCGUUUACCUGUGGCUUAAAUUUGUAAGCAGUGCUUAACGAGACACAACGAUACAACGCAUGUGCGGUAGCCAUAGUAACGGAACAAUACUUCGUUUCUAUUGGAUGAUGGUUUUGGAAAUCGAAAAUUUGCAAUUUUGCAAUCAUUUCAGCCAUUUGCCAUUUCAACCUUUCAACAGUAGCAGCGUUCGUGAGUGUUUUGUAAUCAGCGGUGAAAAGUGUGGAAUAAAGUUCUAACAAGACAAAAAAUAAUAUAAAGAAGGUAUGUACCACAAUUACAACGUUUUGUUGUAAAGAAUUAUGUACAUAUGUUUUAUUUUCAGAUGAAUAAUACAAAGCGCCAGCGUGGAGCAAAUUUUACGGCAGAUGAAAAGACCUUUGUCUUAACAUUAAUCAGUGAACAGCGUCAUAUUAUAGAAAAUAAAAAAACGGACGCUGUUACAAAUAAGGAGAAGCAGCGGUGCUGGGAAGAACUAACGAAUAAAUUUAAUUCAUGUAGUCCUAGCGGUGCCAUGAGGAGUGUAACCUCAUUACAAAAAUUUUACACAAAUAAAAAAAAAGAAGUGCGAAAAGAAGUGGCCGAUAAAAAAGUGUUUAUGCGAAAAACAGGAGGUGGUCCUUCAUCUUCAAAAUGUGAGGAUCCAUACCUGCAGCUAACGUUAGCCACCAUGGAUGAGAAUUCAGUGUAUGGACUGGAAACUCAAUACGGCGGGGAUAGUGAAUUAUUUCAAACUAUAGGUGAAGAAGAUAACGAAGACCAUGAAAACGAUAAUGUGGUGCCCAUUGCCACCUCUUCUCCACACAUACCUGAAGCAAUGGAUGAGGUUCACAAAACAAAAAAACGAGUGUUUUCUGAUACAUAUGACCAAGGGGAAGAAAAUGCAAAUUUUAAAGCUGACUGGGGUGAUUAUAAAGUUGAACACCUGAAAAAAAAGAAAUCAAAGGAGUUACAAACAGUCAUUAAUAGGAGGAGGCCAACAAUAACAGCACUACAUUCCAGCCAUUUGUCGAAAACUUACGACGAACUAGCUACAAAGAAAAUGGAGUUAGUUGAGGCACAACUCGAAGGACAAAAACAUGACGAAGAAAGAAAGCAAGUUGAAUUUUUGCUUCGAAAGCAAAUUUUAGAACUAGAUAUUGAAAUAAAAAAGGAGCAGCUGAGAAAACUGAAACAGGAUAAUACGGAAAAACAAUAAAAUAUAAAAUAAAAUAUUAAUAAAACAUUUAUUUGUUAAAU